ACCAACCUAAACUAAUAGUCGACAACCAUGGCCAGAAAUGAAGAAAAAGCUCAAUCUAUGCUUUAUCGCUUUCGCGAAGCAAAGAAUGCAGAGCUAGGAGGAUCAAAGAAACCAGAGCGGAGACCUUUUCGCAUCACUGAAGUGUCAUCCCUGACAGAAGCAGAAAAAUGGCGUCGUAAUGUUAUUGGUGACAUUUCUAGAAAGGUGUCCAAAAUUCAGGAUCCUGGUUUGUCUGAUUUCCAAAUCAGAGACUUGAACGACGAGAUCAAUAAAUUAAUGCGUGAAAAAUAUCGAUGGGAGCAACAAAUCAAAGACUUGGGAGGCGUGGAUUACAGGAUCACGGGACCAAAGACAUUGGAUGCUCAAGGCAAAGAGGUUCCUGGCGCCCGUGGAUACAAGUAUUUUGGGCGCGCUAAGGAUCUACCAGGAGUUAAGGAGCUUUUCCAACCUAAACCGUUGACACUCAAAGAGAAAACUAGAGCAGAGCUAUACCGCCAUAUCGACGCAGAUUACUACGGAUAUAGAGACGAAGAAGACGGGACACUCUUGGAAUUUGAGGAGGAACAGGAAGAGAUUGCCAUGAAAAAAGCUCUCGAGGAUGCAGAUGAAGACGCUGGAAGCAAGAUGGAUGUGGAUAGUCAGACAGAGAGGACAAAACCACUUGGUCGUUUAUAUGUCCCGUCUCAGAAGGAAGUUGAGGAGUACCUUGUUAAGAGGAGGAAGCAAGCCAUUAUGGAUCGCUUUGUCAACGACGAUGUUGUCCAGAGCGCAUGAUUAUAAAGAAGAACUCGUGC